AUGUCGUUGAAUCAGCUAAGUCCAAUUGCUCAAGUGGAGCUUGAGACCGGAACCACUACUAGGCCACCAAAGUUGAAAGGAGCUAAAGAUUUCAGUACUUGGAAGACUCGUAUCCAGUCGUUCUUCGAAUACACAGAAUACAAUCUGUGGCUCUCAGUCACCGCUGGACCUCACAUUCCAACGGUGGUUCGAGGAGAUGCGGUAGUCACUAACAAUGAGGCCACAACCUUCACUGACGAAGACAAGGCCCUAAUCCAACGUGAUUGUCAGCAAAUUGAAAGCAAUAGAGACAUGGUGCCGAAGCAAUACGACAUGUUUUGUGGAGUUCGUGGAGAAAGUCUUUCCGAUCAUAUCAGUCGCUUUCUGAAUAUGAUGACCAAAAUGAAGAAGGCAGGAAAUCCUGUCACAAACCAUGCUGCUAUAAAGAAGCUGCUGGACUCACUCCCUAAGGAAUGGAGUUUGCAAUGCAUGAUGAUCAAGAAGGAUUUCCUCAAUAAUCCAAAUCCUGUCACUCUGUCCGACUUAAUUAACACUCUAAGAGCUUUUGAAAUGGAUGUCAAUAAACGAGAAAUGAACACUGCUGGCUACACUCCAAAGACCAAUCAAACUUCUGCUGGAAUGAAGAAUGUGGCAUUCCUUGCUUCAGGUGGCAUCAGUCAACAAGCUUCUGACAUGAUCUAUGCUAACGCUUCCGCAAGCGCAUCAAAAGCUCCACAACUUAGUGAAAAGACUGUCACGGUUGGUGAUACACAAGCGUUGAAAGUGUCUACGGAAAACGUGGCACUUUUUAACAUGUUUCUGAGUAUCUAUGAAGCUUUAAUGUUAGGAGAGCUCAAGAAGGAGAUGUUCACUGCUGAAGACAUGUAUCAGGUUGAUCCAGAUGACAUGGAGGAAAUGGAUUUGAAAUGGCAGAUGGCCAUGAUCACUCUAAGGUUGAAGAAAUUUCAGGACAAGACCGGGAAGCGUUUGGGUCUUGGAAAGGCUGGUUUUGACGAAUCCAAACUUAGAUGUUACAACUGUAAGAAUCUGGGUCACUUCAAGCGUGACUGCCCCUUGUUGAAAGAAGGAAACAUUGAAGCUACUCCUGCUGUAAAACAAAUCACUAUCGAAGAAAACAAAAACAACACUUCUCCUAACACACUAAAAGCUUUAGUCAUUGAAGAUUAUGAUUGGAGUGAGGAAAUUGCUGAAGCCAAGGAACAAGUCAACAAAGCUCUUAUGGCAAAGAUCUCAAGCGCGUCCUCAUCAAAGCAGUUUGAGAAACCGACAGCUGGAAUUCGAAAAGGUGACAACAUUACUGACAAGGGUCUGAAAAGCAUUCUCACCUCCCCGGAGCCUGAGAAAGAAAAGAAUUAUGAAGAAGCUAAGGAGCAUGUUCCUAAGGAGUCAUCUGACCAGAAGAAAGACAAAGAAAAAGUCUCAGCCGCAGCAAUGAAAACAGAAUCUUCGAAAGAAAAAGCUGACAAAGACUUGACAAGUGGAAUGUCAGUCAAAAGGCCUUUACUGACAUCAAAAACUGCCAACAACCAACGUUUGAAAAAGACGGGAUCUGAAUCGAAAAAGAAAAGCUUUGGAAAAUUCCUCAUCGAGGAAAUUCCAGAAUUUAGUCCAUCUCGAACAGGUAUGACAGAUUCGGGAAAGAAAGUCGCUGUAGAUCACAGCAAUGAAGACUCAAGCAUUGCUGCCUCAGAAAAGGAAAAAGAGACUUCAAGUCCUGAUUGUGAGCAAAAAUUAGAAACCUCAAGUGAAGAUCAAACAACAGAUGGUGAAAGCUUUGAAUUUUCAAAUGAAGAGACCUCGGAAACUUCAAGUGAAGAUCAAACAACAAAUGAUGAAAGCUCUGACGCUUCAAACGAAGGAACAAGGUCAAGUGAAGAUCAGACAACAGAAGGUGAGAGCUCCGAAAAUUCAAGCAAUGAAACAAUUGAAGAUCAAGAUUCAGAAAGUUCAAAUUCCGACAGCGAUGAAGAAUGCUUAGAAGAUGAAAGCCGAGUUGACAAGAAAAUGAAGAAAGCAGAAAGCUCAAGACACUCAUCACAUAUAUCAUCUUCUAACACCAAAAGGCCCAGACGUAAACGAUGCUUUCGCUGUGGUCAUUUAGGACAUACAACGAAACAUUGUAAAAACAAGAACUUUUCUAAACCAGAAUAUGAUUUUGUUAAGAACUUCACAGAUCAACUUGAUUAUCUUAAGAAGUCUGUUAAAAAUCUGGUCAAUUCAACAGCUUAUUUUUGGAAGCAAAAGGAGGAUAUCGUGGGACAGAACCACGAUAGAUCCAAAAAUAAACUCCAGAAAUGGCUUUGUAUGCUCAUGGAAUAUAUCUGGCAUGUCGACAUCGAAUGUUCAAGACACAUUACAGGCUUGAAGGAACUUCUGAAGAACUUUCGUUUUAUUGAUGGUGAUUUCGUGUCAUUCGCUGGAGACGAGAAGGGAGGGAAGAUAGUUGGAAUAGGAGAUGUGGUGUCUGAAGCCCUCAUGUUGGAAAAUGUCAACUAUGUUCCAGAAUUGUGCUAUAAUCUCAUGAGUGUAUCACAAGUCUGUGAUAAAGGAAUAUCUGUGCUUUUCAACGAUAUCGAAUGCUUAUUUCUCAAGCCUGAAUAUGUAGUUCCGGCAGAAAUGAUCAUGGUCACUGCUCCAAGACAAAACAACACAUACGUGCUCAACAUGAAAAAUGCCAAGACAAAUGACAACUUAACAUGUUUGAUCUUAAAGGCUUCAGAAUCGGAGUCGCUGCUUUGGCACAGGCUAUUGGGGCAUGUAAAUUUCAAAAAUAUGAAUAAGCUCUCUAAGUUAAACUUAGUGUAA